CCAUUAUUAUCUUAUCUCUGAAUACAAAAUUGAGUGAAUGGAGUACCUACCAUUUGUUCUGGCAGUUUCCUUUGUGUGGGGAUUCAUUCAUCUGCUCAUCUCCGGUCUACGACGCCGGAACUCUAGCUCACCCGGACUCCCCCCAGGGCCCAGGCCUUUUCCGAUCAUCGGAAACAUCUUGCAGCUGGGCAAGCUGCCUCAUGAAGCUGCUGCCAAACUCUCAAAAACUUAUGGACCCCUCAUGACUCUCAAGCUCGGGAGCAGGACAACCAUAGUCAUUUCCUCCCCAGAUCUUGCCAAAGAAGCACUGCAAAAACACGACCACGUCUUCUCCGGCCGAACUGUCCCGGACUCCGCUCAAGUACUCGACCACCACAAAUUUUCAAUUGCGUGGCAGCCCGCAUCGGCUUAUUGGAGAAACCUCAGGAAAGUUUCUGCCACGCAAAUAUUUGUUCCAAAAAGGAUCGAUUCCACCCAAGCAAUUCGAAGAAAAAAGGUGCAAGAACUAGUAGAUUACAUUGAAGAAAAUUGCGGCAAUGGUCAGGCGUUGGAUAUUGGUCGAGCAGCCUUCACAACCGUCCUUAACUCCAUCUCAAACACAUUUUUCUCCGCUGAUUUGGCGGAUUUUUGUUCAAAUGCAUCCCAAGAGUUCCAGAGUCUUUUACUGCGCAUCAUGGAAGAAGCUGGAAGGCCAAAUAUUGCAGACUACUUCCCAGCACUUAGUCUACUUGACCCACAAGGUGCACGCCGAAGGAUGUUGGUUUAUUCUACAAAAUGGUUUGGGAUUCUGGAUGAUAUAAUCACUAAACGAGUACAAUUAAGGGCAUCGUCAAGGGACUGUAUGGCAAGCAGCGAUGUACUUGAUUCCCUCCUCAAUCACGUUGAAGAAGAUAAUUCAGAAUUGAGCUACGACGAUAUUAAACAUUUGCUUGUGGAUUUAUUUUCUGCUGGGAUCGACACAACAGCAAGCACGGUAGAAUGGGCGAUGGCAGAGUUACUCUACAACCCAAAAAAAAUGGCGAAAGCCCGAAAAGAGCUUGAAGAAGUGCUUGGCAACGACGGGGUUGUUCAAGAAUCGGACAUCUCAAAGCUGCCUUACCUACAGGCAAUAGUGAAAGAAAACUUUAGGUUGCACCCAGCAGCGCCUUUCCUGGUUCCCCACAAAGCUGAGGCUGACGUAGAGAUGUGUGGCUUCACCGUCCCCAAGAAUGCACAAAUACUAGUAAAUGUGUGGGCAAUGGGACGGGAUUCAAGCAUAUGGCCAAACCCAACUCUUUUUUCGCCCGAAAGGUUUUUAGAGAAGGACGGUAUUGACUUCAAAGGUAGAGAUUUCGAGCUCAUUCCCUUUGGCGCUGGAAGAAGGAUGUGCCCUGGAUUGCCUUUGGCAAACCGGAUGGUGCAUUUGAUGUUGGCCUCUCUUGUCCACCACUUCAAUUGGAAGCUUGCUAAUGAGAUGAAACCAGAAAAUAUCAACAUGAGAGAGAUAUUUGGGCUUUCCUUACAUAGAGCCGAGCCCCUCUGGGCUAUUCCCAUCAAAUUAGUGUAACUUUGAUUGCUUUUGUCUUUACGCCUAGUACGGAUGUAUUGCAUGUGCAUGUGUAGAUGUAUCAUGUGGCCUCUACCUUCAAACCGUAGCUUAGCCCCCUAGCUAGGUUAACCCAUGGUUGUGACGUGCUUGGAAGUGCUAUAUAGUAUUGUGUAUUUGUUUAU